AUGGAACCCCUCAGCUUGGCCUUCGCGGCCGUAACGGUGUUCAAAGCAGUCUUCCUUCUGUCUCCCACAAUCUACAAAGUCAUCGAACCAGCAAAUAAUGCCGUACCAGAGAAACUCAAGCUGUGCAUCGAUUUCCAUCACGAGGUGUUAUUUUUGAGGGAUUUUGGUCAGCGUUUCCUGGCCAACUCGGAGUUUGGGAGUCUUGACAAAGGUGAGGGGCCCCACAGUAUGACAUUCAACGACAUGAACUCACGUUCACUUGAUUACCAAGCCCUCGCUGCAAAGGACUUGCUCAUUGGGAGCGCCCUCAAAACUGAGGAUGAUCUGGGAUGUAUGAUGGAUCAGAUCAUACAUGUAGCAAAUGGAUACCCACCCGCUGUAUCUGAGGCGUUGCUCAAGGAGACAAAGGAACCUGCGGGGAAGGCCUUUGGUCUGGCGCCGUUCAUGUCUCUAAAGAGGAUUACCUUGCAACCAAAUGUGGAUAUAUCGGGGUUCGAGCUGAAAGAUUUUGGGCUUCAGUCAUUCACGCAGCGUGGUGACGAGUCACUGGCUCUAGUAACGCUAACCGCAGGUCCUGGGAGAGCAGAGAAUGUACUCGCAGAAUAUAAAGAGUAUGGGGAUCUGGGACUGGAGAAAAACAUGACCGCCGUGAACCAGUUGGCAAACCUACUCGCGGCUUCUUACGUCAAUGGAAAAGAGCGCCACGCUUUUGUAUUCGACUUCCCAGAGAAUACAUCCUCCGCCUCCUUUUUCUCCUUGCGGUCUGCUCUUGAAGCCACUGAACCCAAGCAUGCACCGUCAUUAGAAACGAGGUUCAGGCUGGCCGAACGCCUGGCAAAGACUGUUUGGUAUCUCCACGCCGUAUCCUGGCUACAUAAGUCGAUCCGAAGCAGCAACAUUGUCUUCUUUGAAUCCCUGGGAGGGGAGAUCGACUUCGAAUCCCCAUACCUGGUCGGGUUCGAGUAUGCCCGGCUGGAAGCCGAUGCAACGGAAUACACCGGCUUCGACGAAGUCUGGUCCAAGAACAUUUACCAACAUCCCGCCCGCCAGGGCUCUCCCACCACCUGGUUCAGCAAGGCGCACGACGUUUACGCGCUGGGUUUGGUACUGCUCGAGGUCGUGUUGUGGAGGCCGUUGGCUGAUAUCCUGGCUGAAGCGAGACCGAAUCGGGACUUGAAGCGGCUGGCUCCGAAGCGGAUCCAGGGGAUCUUUCAGGUGACGGCGGAGGAGCAGUUAGGGCAUCGGAUGGGCGUGGCUUAUGCGAAGGCUACGAUGGAAUGCUUGUCAGCUCGGCCGGAAGACAAGUGGACUCCGUUACGGUGUAUGAUGAUAUAG